AUUAUAUAGUGAUAUGUUUCCCGUUGUGUGCUGGCGAGCGUCAGUCAGUGCCUGUCUCUCGAUCGCGUCGAACACGUAGCGUCGUUCGAGUAAGAGCCUUCAUUUACAUACAUACACAGCGGCUAAUUUUCUCUUGUUGAUCAGGCCGUGCCAAACGAUUCUCGUGUGCAGUGUUUAGUGCUUAAUUUUUUUAUCAAAAUCUACGAGUGCCUUUCGUAAACAGUGUCUUUGAGUUUUUGUCCGUUAUCUCCAUCCCAUCAUGGGCAAAUUGGGUUUCAACUUUGACGAGAAGAGGGCCGCAGCCGAGACCGCUCGAGUUCCUGCAGGAGAUCAGCCAACGGCGGCAUCUCCACAGAAGACCAUCCAGAACGUCGAGAGCGGAGUCGUCAUCACGAGCAAGGAGCAGAACGAGCAGAACGAGUAUCUCGAAGUGAGCGAUCUGCUGCUCGCCAUCGAGCAGAGAAAUCGUGUCAUCAGGAAUCUGCGCAUCUUGCUGCUCUGCUCGGUCGCCUUCAUCGCCUGCCUGCUCGGCUUCGUCAUGUACACCCAGCCAGGAUGGUAUCGCAGCGAAAAAACAGUGGCCACGCACAUGGAGAAGUUGGAUGAAUACUCUCGCCGGUUCGAAGCUCUGCAAGGACAAUACGACGAGAUAAGAUCGGCCACCGUGGACGAUGCCAGAAAAUGCUCCCAAGAAUUGAUGACCGUAACAAUAUCCCGAGACCAAGUCAAGAACCAGCUCGAGGCGGCCAAUCAGCAGAUGCAGGAGCACAACACGAGAUACGACUCGCUCCUGAAGAGCUUCGAGGACCUCAAGAACACCGAAGACGAGCUCAAGUUCUUCCUGAAAAAGUCCGAGGACGAGCGCGUCGAACUGAUCAAGCAGUCCGACGACUUGAAGGAGCAGCUGAAACAGAUGAAAACCACGACGACGACCAAACGCCCGAGGACGACCACGACCCCGGCGCCGAGCCGCUCGUUUUUCGACACGCCGCAGCUCAGAAAGAUCAAUGACAUCGUCAAAGAGAUCGAGAGCGUCGGUCGCGUGGUCGGGCGCGUUCUCAGCGACGCCUUUUAAAAUGGGAAUAAAGGGCCGUCGAACCGCCUAUUGUUAAAUUGUUGUGCGAGUGCGAGGUGAACUGGUUGUAAAUAGCUUUUUUUAUACGCGUUAAAGCGCAAUUCGAGAGAUUUUUCGUAUUGUUUUUCUUCUUUAAUAAUGAAAGCAGUAUUUUGUGUUUCUUUUAAAUUAAAAAAUUUUAUGAAUUUUUUUUUUAUUAAAAGAUUAUAAGUACUGAAGUGGAAACGAUUUCUACCCUAACUAAAUAUCAUAAUAUUAUAAUAGAAUUUUUUGAGAUUUCCUUCGAGCGAUGGUUUCUUGAUUUUAAAAUUUUAUUUUUUGUCGUACGUAUUGAGCGAUGAAUGCAUUUUUAGACAUUUGGAUGAGAUUCAACGUUGUGCAGAGCAGAUACACAAGUAUUCGUAAUUUUUAAUGAAUCAACGAUAACUCUGUUAAUCGAUGAAUUGGGAAGCUAAGCUUUUUUUUUACCCUGGUAAUAAAUAAAUGGAUCAUAUUCAUAAGUUUUACUCAUGUCAAAUUACGAAUGCGAUUUCUAACAAAGGCAUUUCGCGUAAAACAAAUUUAUGCGUGUGACUCAUCGGCCAAACGACAAACUCUUCUUUCUCCCUCUCUCUUUAGACACGCAUUAACCUCUUUAAUCGCAACGAUAUUUGUAAAUUAUGCUGUGAGAAUAUGCGAUUUUUUCGCAGUCGCACGAGAUGUAUUAGUAAUGAUAAAAAGAAAAUUUUUUAUAACGGAGUUUAUAAUGAAACUUCAAUGGUUUUAAACUAAGAAAAAAAUUUGUUAUCAAAAUUUGAUUGAAAACAUUGAAAGUGUAUUUUUUCGAAAUAUUACUGUUAUUGUUGUUCAAUUUAUACGAAUUUAUAAUAUAAAAAAAAUUGACAUUACAUCACGCGCGAAAGAAUCUAAUAAUUUAAAUGAACUCAUCUAUUUUCUAUACAUAAGUCUAUGGCUAAAUGAAAGAGAUGAAACUUGUAAUAAUGUAAAUUGUUAAAGUGUAUUUUUGCAUACCGUAUUACUUGAUCAAUAAAAGAAAGUAAUUUAUUCUAUACA